AUGGAUGGCUACGCCUCUACUCAAGUGAUCGAGGAGGUGAUCGAGCUACUCGAAUAUCUAGAGAUGCCACAGGACGACGAUAUCAGCAUUGACGACCUGCUGACCGCGCGCCAGCGCAGCCGCCAAACAACAUCUGUGACCUCAGCUCCGACAGCUGGAGGCUCCCAGUUGGGGGAUGAGAUGGCUGAUGACGCACUCGAAUAUGACAACGCACUGCCAAUCUCUACACUACCUGAGGAGGACACUAUACAUGUUGUUCCUAAGGGUUAUCGUCUGUGA